AGAAAGAAAGAAAGAAAGAGAAAUAAAUAAAGAUGGACCCUCUUCGCGAGCAAGUGAUGAUCAAUCAAUUCGUACUGGCUGCCGGUUGUGCCAGAGAACAAGCAAGGCAAUUCUUACAAGCUACUCAUUGGCAAUUCGAGAUGGCACUCAGUCUCUUCUUCCAAGAAGUAGCAAUACCUUCUUGUGCUCAGCCUGGUACUCCUUUUGGUCAAAUCACACCAUGCAAUACACCAGCAACGCCACCGAAUUUUCCAGAGGCGUUGGCUGCAUUUUCCAAAAUGUCGGCUGGUGAAAAAACUCCCACAGGCAUGUCUCCGAGCCAAAACGGGUUGCAACAAAGUUCAACGGCGACAGUGGCGCAGCACCACGGGGUCCGGUGUAGCAUCUCCGGCAAUGCACAACAGCAAGUUGUACCGAGCCAACAACAAUUUGGCUUGGGUGAAUUACAGAGAUAAGGAAAAAAGAAGAUGCGAGCCGAUAGGAGGAUGCGUCUUAUCAAACGUUUGUACGAAGAUGUAGAAAAGAAAAGAAAGAAAAAGAUGAUGAUAAUAAUAACGAUGAUGAUGAUGAUGAUGAUGAUGAUGAUGAUGAUGAUGAUGAUGAUGAUGAUGAUGAUGAUGAUGAUAAUGAAAAAGAAAAAAAAAAUUACGAUGAUGAUGACAGUGAUCGUAAGAGAUGGUAGAAAAAACUCGAUCCUCGAUAUGGUGUUUCACAAAGCAAGAAAAAAACAAACAAAAUAAAAAAAAAAUAUUGCUUGGUUCUCCUAUGGCUAAUAACAUACACUGGCGACUACGACACAGUGUAGUAGCCUCUCAUGUGAUUUUCCCUCUAACGGAAAAUGCACGACUAACGACGACGAUGUACGAGCGAAUUCGAACAAAGCCGAGCAAAGCCGAACGAAACCGAACAAGAAUCACAUUGGCGUUUCUAUUGCUCGGACUCGUUCGAAUUUCAUUUCUUUGUAUUUGUUUUCUCUUUUUCUCUCUCUCUCUCUCUCUUUUUCUCUCUCUCUCUCUCUCUCUCUCUCUCUCUCUCUCUUUAUUAUAGUCUUAUAAAACUAUUUUACUCUCUCUUUUGUCGAACGUCUUAUCGUGUUGUGUCUCACAAAAAAGUUGCAGUCGUUUUCUACUUGUUUUUAUUCCCCUUACUCUUCAUUGAUUUUGUUUUCUUUUUUUCUUCUUUUUAAAAGGAACGAUAAUGUUCCUACAACUAUGAAAGACAGAAAUACCCUUUAGCGUUUAUCGAGAACAAUAGUACGUAAUCUACAGAGAGUUCGUGUAGUGUGUGAUUUGAUGUAAAAAAGACAGGAGUAGUUUGUCGAAGCCAAGAUUGAAAAAAAAAGGGGGUAAAAAAAGUCACAAAAUGGCUUCGUAAAGUACUCGCUGUUCUGUUUCACUUCGUUUAUUUCAUGUUUGAUUAAGAAUAUGUCAAAACGGUAGGCUUGUAUAAAUACGUACGCGUUCGUUGUCACUGGGGAGCUUUCCAGCGAUUACAUGGAAGGCUGUGAAAACAAAAUAAAAACUACGAAAGAUGGAGGUUCCUCGUCUCCACGUGACGCGAAUACGAAAAAAUUAAUUCGAGAAAGCGACAACAAUUCUCGACUUUCUUUUAUCAUGAGUUUGAGAAUCAGCUGAAAUUUGAGAUAGGGCUGUUCGUUAAAUUCAAAUUACGCGCCGUCUAACUCGCCUGAUAAAGAGUGCCACCAUCGUAGUAGAAACCUGUCAAUUUUUAUUUCAAUAUGAACUUUAUUUAAAGAACAACGUCACGCGAUUGUAAAAUUGUAAAGAUCGCUCUUCUUUUUUUUAAAGAAAACCAAUACUCUAUUUAUUUAUUUAUUUAUUUCUUUUUUGACAAAAUCAUCCAGUAAUAUUGAAAAUGUACCGAUUGAGUAAAAUCACUUGUUUUGGGUCCACAAAAUGAAAGUGCUUAAGUACAGUCCUUUUUCAGUUUACUAAGAGUAAAAUACAAAAAAAAA